UCCAGGAAUAUAAAGCCUUUGUCCGGCUUUUCCAUAUUAUUGCUGAGCCACGGCGUUACUUUCCAGAUUUAUUUGAGAACUUCUCGCACAAUUUGUAACAAUGAGGGAGAUUGUCCACAUCCAGGCCGGUCAGUGCGGAAACCAAAUCGGUGCCAAGUUCUGGGAGGUGAUCAGUGAUGAACAUGGGAUCGACCCGACGGGAACCUACCAUGGAGACAGUGACCUGCAGCUGGACAGAAUCAGCGUCUACUACAACGAAGCUACAGGAGGUAAAUAUGUGCCAAGAGCAAUUCUAGUUGAUCUGGAGCCAGGCACCAUGGACUCCGUGCGUUCAGGACCCUUCGGACAGAUCUUCAGACCAGACAACUUUGUAUUUGGACAGAGCGGCGCUGGUAACAACUGGGCCAAGGGCCACUACACAGAGGGGGCGGAGCUUGUUGAUUCGGUCCUGGAUGUGGUCCGUAAGGAGUCUGAGAGCUGUGACUGCCUGCAGGGCUUCCAGCUCACUCACUCCCUGGGCGGUGGUACCGGCUCUGGCAUGGGUACCUUGCUGAUCAGCAAAAUCCGUGAAGAGUACCCAGACCGCAUCAUGAACACCUUCAGCGUGGUGCCUUCCCCAAAAGUCUCUGACACCGUAGUGGAGCCUUACAACGCCACACUGUCUGUCCAUCAGCUGGUGGAGAACACAGAUGAAACCUACUGCAUAGACAAUGAAGCCUUAUACGAUAUCUGCUUCCGCACCCUCAAACUCACCACUCCCACAUACGGCGACCUCAACCAUCUGGUCUCCGCCACCAUGAGCGGCGUCACCACCUGCCUGCGCUUCCCCGGCCAGCUGAAUGCUGACCUGCGCAAACUAGCCGUCAACAUGGUUCCCUUCCCCCGUCUGCACUUCUUCAUGCCCGGCUUCGCUCCCCUGACCAGCCGAGGCAGCCAGCAGUACCGCGCCCUCACCGUGCCUGAGCUCACGCAGCAAGUGUUCGACGCCAAGAACAUGAUGGCGGCCUGCGAUCCAAGACACGGACGCUACCUGACCGUCGCUGCCGUCUUCCGUGGCCGCAUGUCCAUGAAGGAGGUCGACGAGCAGAUGCUGAACGUCCAGAACAAGAACAGCAGCUACUUCGUGGAAUGGAUCCCCAACAACGUCAAAACCGCAGUCUGCGACAUUCCGCCUAGGGGUCUCAAAAUGGCCGUCACCUUCAUCGGCAACAGCACGGCCAUCCAAGAGCUGUUCAAGCGCAUCUCCGAGCAGUUCACGGCCAUGUUUAGGCGUAAGGCCUUCCUCCACUGGUACACCGGAGAGGGGAUGGACGAGAUGGAGUUCACCGAGGCAGAGAGCAACAUGAAUGAUCUGGUGUCUGAGUACCAGCAGUACCAAGACGCCACCGCCGAGGAAGAGGGCGAGUUCGAGGAAGAGGCCGAGGAGGACGCUUAAGAAGCAAACAGAAGGUGUUUGGGGAGGUGGUAGUAUGUUCAAGUUUGAGUACAUGUAGCAAAAACGCAUACAGAACAACUUUUAGUGUCUCAUUCAAAUCAAGUAGAAAUUAGCACUAGAAAAACGGGGCCAAAAAUAACCAGAGGAAGGCAGAAAGAUUGUUCUCGAACACGGAAUGGGUGGAUAACAGUGUUUACGAUUUCAAAUCACUCACUUUUUUUUGUGUAUUUCUUUACCAUUCUGAUGGUCAGCUCCUCUCUUUAUAGAACAGGAAAUAAUAAAGUGGCAAACACCCAGUUAGAAUUGAUGUGAGCAGUGGAUAAAAGGUGGGGUGAGGAGGACGGUAACAUCUAAUUUUUCUUUCAUUGUAACACUUGCUUCUUGUUGUCUGCAAAGAACUCAAGUACAAUGAUUAUUAUAGUGUUUUGAUGUUUUCUUUGUUAUUUUUGCACUAGAACAGGGCAACUCUGUGAGAUAAUGGCACUUCAAUGUGACCUCAGCGGGUCUGAUUGCAGUAUUUAGAGAAAUGUUUGGAAAGGUAUGUUGUGUGAAAUAUGAAGGAAAAGAAAUGGACUGAUAGAAAGAUAAGCUUCAGGAUAACAGGAUUAUUUACUGAAUCUUAACCUCGCUUGGACGCCAGCCAACGUCCACAGGAGGAUGACUAUGACUAAUGGCACGAAUGAUACAGGAAAGUAUUUUAGAUGCAGAUGGAAAGACAAGUUUUAGCAUGUUGAAUGGAUUGUUGGUGCAAUUUUUUUUAAUUAAUGUCUCAUAUCUGAGCCCAUACUUUUAAGUGUUACUGCAUAUUCUUUAUUACAUAUUUAAAAUGUUGUGAUGUUCCUUGAUUGUCCCUGUGUGGAAAAAAACUGAGCCUCUGGAGAAAACCAAAAUAAAAAUGAAAACAAUUUCGUUAAAAAUCAA